AUGACGCCCCCUCUGCUACCCGUCGUCUAUGCUGGACGUGGCGAUGCCAUGUUUUUGCAAUAUAACGUAGAUGCGCAUGGGCGCCAGGAAGAAAAUUUCAUUAUCCUUGAUGAUGGUGGCGAUGCUUCAUAUCACAAGUUCCCGGCAUCAGCUUUGAGGAUGCUUCGAGGCGAAAACCCCAAUCUUACAGCCAUGAUAGCUUCACAUGCGGACCUGGACCGUUACGAAAGGAAGAAAAUUUCGACCGGAAAAAUCGAUGGAACCUGCUAUGAGGCGCUGGCGAAAUGGCAUGAGGCGAAUACGGACAAAUGCUCUGGUCUUCGCGCGACGGACACUCUCAAUCGUUUGGGUGAUGACCCCGUGCCUCUUCCGGAACCAUCUCCAAUCAAGAUAUUUGAAGAGGCUUUGAGGCUCAUUGAAGACCUUCGAGACGCCUAUAGCACGAACAGACCGGAUGCAGAUUUAUUUUGGCAAUUUUACGAGACUUAUAAGAGGGAGCGGAAGCCUCCACCACCCAAAGGUUCGCUUCUCGGAGAGGAAUACAAAGAAGAGGAGUGA